AUGACAGGAUUUUCCUCUGAAGGAUCCGUUGCUGUCGAGGAUAAAAAGUUUGUGCCAGAUACCUGGUCCAUAUUUUCAAGCCGCUUCUCACAGGGAUACGCCACAGCUGUUACUUUUUCGUAUGUGUACCGCUACGCACUGUCAGGAACCCAGUCUGCAUGCUCUUCGUUGGUACCAACUAUCCAGACAUCGCCACAAGGCUAUCAAAUUUUUAUUUACGAUUGCAUUGAGGAUGUAAUGCUUGCAAAUAAUUUCGUUUGGUCCCGGGAGUCGAUUAUAUAUCUAUGGGCUUUUCUCCAUCAUCAUUUGUUCUUUCCACCCAUUGUGGAUGUACAACUGGCAAAUGAUAUUCCUAAAUUCGGCUAUGAUAAAUCAGCUGGUUUUUAUGCAAACCGCUCAAACCUUUUGUUUGGUUUGAGCUUAAAUUCGCAGCAUUGGAAAGAGGUCGACCCAGAGGAAGGCAGAAUGCUGCGCCCACGCUGA